AUGCCAAUUUCUGAUAAAGCCUAUUUGGCCAAGUAUUUGAAACCUGCUACUGGUAGCAGUGGAUCUUCUGAUUCUUGGAUGGAGGAAAAGAAGAGAAAGGUUGAGAAGGAUUCAAAGAUUAUUAUUCCAAAGUCUUACGGAAGGGCUGAUUCCGAUGAGGAAGAUGAUGAUCAAGUGGAUGAUGAACAGGAAGUGAUGAAUCAAGUUGGAGAAAAGGGUUCAACUGGCUCUUCUUCCGAACCAUUAGAAAAUCAAUUAAAGAGGAAAAGACAUGAUAGUGAUGAUGAGGAUGAGGAUUUAUCACCUGUGAGAGAACCUGUAGUAAAUAGGAAUGAUGCACCUUCAAAGAGGAGACAUGAUAGUGAUGAUGAUGAGGAUUUGUCUCCUCCUAGGCCAUCAAAAGAAUCAGUUGUACAGAAAAAGAGGCAUGAUAGUGACGAUGAGGAUUUGUCUCCUGUUAGAGAGCCUGUUACGAAGAGAAGACACGACAGUGAUGAUGAUUUGUCUCCUGUGAGAGGUUCUACACGUUCGGAAGCAAAAAGUGAUGCACACAGUACAGCAAAAGAAACUAGUGAAAAUCAAACUGUCUACAGACAUCCUGAAACAAAGAAAAUUAUUACUUUUGAGGAAUAUUCAGAACUCAUGAAAAAGAAAAAGAGACAAACAAAAAAGAUUACACAAAAUGAAAUUACAUGGGCUAAAGGAUUAAAACAGCAGGAGGAACGUCAAGAAAUGAUAUCAGAGUUUGAUUCUAUCAAGAGUGGUGAAUAUAAACCAAUUUAUGAAACAGAUUCUUCAUACAAUCAACUAUUGAAAGAACAAUUAAAAGAAGAAGAUCCAAUGGCCAGAUUAAUUACUGAAAAAAAGAAAAACCAACAAGAUUCUAAAAAGUCAAAAACCAAAAAGAAGAAAUUCUAUGAUGGUCCACAUCCUGAAAAUAGAUUUAAUAUCAAGCCUGGUUGGAGAUGGGAUGGUGUAGAUAGAAGUAACGGAUUUGAAAAUCAAUAUUUCAAACAUAUGAACAAUGUUAAAGACAGAGAAGAUAGAGAAUUUUUGUGGAGUAAUGCUGAUUUAUAA